UCUGAGUCCUCGCCAGCGGGUGCUCCCGCUCGCUCGCAGUUGCGCACGCCUCAGCGCGGUAACUGACGCGCCCCCUGGUUCGCCGGCCCGGCCCCGGGAUGGCCCCCAAGCUCUCAGACUCCGUGGAGGGGCUCCGCGCCGCCGGCAACCAAAGCUUCCGCAACGGCCAGUUCGCCGAGGCCGCGGCGCUGUACAGCCGCGCGCUGCGGGCGCUGGAGGCGCAAGGUUCUUCGAACCCUGGAGAAGAAAGUAUUCUCUACUCUAACCGUGCAGUGUGCCACUUAAAGGAUGGCAACUGCAAGGACUGCAUCAAGGAUUGCACUUUAGCACUGGCCCUGGUUCCCUUCAGCCUGAAGCCCCUGCUGCGGCGAGCGUCCGCCUACGAGGCUCUGGAGAAGUACCCCCUGGCUUAUGUCGACUACAAGACCGCACUGCAGAUUGAUGACCGCGUGACAUCGGCCUUGGAAGGCAUCAACAGGAUGAGCAGAGCUCUCAUGGACUCACUUGGGCCCGAGUGGCGCCUGAAGCUGCCCUUGACCCCCUUGGUGCCUGUUUCGGCUCAGAAGAGGUGGGAGUCCUUGCCCUCCGAAUGCCGCAGAGAAAGAGCUAAGAGCAAAUUCAGAGAAACCACAGCGGCAAAGAGCAGAGUGCCUUCUGCUGGGGAUGUGGAGAGAGCCAGAGUUCUGAAGGAAGAAGGCAAUGAGCUUGUAAAGAAGGGAAACCAUAAGAAAGCUAUUGAGAAGUACAGUGAAAGCCUCUCAUUUAGUGACGUGGAGUCCGCCACAUACAGCAACAGAGCGCUCUGCCAUUUGGUUCUGAAGCAGUACAAGGAAGCAGUGAAGGAUUGCACAGAAGCCCUCAGGCUGGAUGGAAGGAACGUGAAGGCAUUCUACAGACGAGCUCAAGCCUACAAGGCACUCAAGGACUAUAAAUCCAGCUUUGAAGACAUCAGUUGUCUCCUGCAACUUGAGCCCAGGAACGGCCCUGCCCAGAAGUUGCAGCAGGAAGUUAACCAGAGCUUAAACUAAACACCCAGAAGGGCAGCGGGAAACCUCUGCCUGAGCUCCCUCCUCCGUGCCUGCUCCUGGGACCUCGCCUGCCCCAGAGUGAGCUCUGAAGCAACUCAGAGGUGAUGGCUUCCCACCUUGUAAGAGGCUUGGCUCAUUCAAAUUAAGCCCAGUGUAGUAAAAAACCAAAAACGAUGUUUUGCCGGAAUGGUCCCCACUAGAGCCCUAUUGUCCCCCACCCCACCCCCCCAGACAGCUAGCAGGACGGCAGAAACGGGUCCUCCUCGGCAGAGCACUUGGCUCUGUCCCCGCCCCAAGCAUACUACCAACUGCUGCCCUUGUAGCUUCUUCACCAGACCCAUCUCACUGUGGUUCAUCUGAGCAAACCGAGCUCCGGGGUGGGGGCGGGUGAGGGAUAAACCAGAAGACCCCGGCCCACCUACACCCAAAGCAGCCUGUUGAGCUGGUUCUCCAGGGCUGCCGUGCCCACCCCGUCCUUGGCAGAGUCCCCUGUGUUCUGAGCCCCAGUGCCUUUUGGCGGGGCCCUCCUCUGGUGGGGAUGCGGAAUCCUGACCCGGGGGUGGCUUUGCCCGUGGCUCUGUGCUGCUGCACCUUCACGGAGGUGCCUUAGGUGUUUGAAGAGUCCAGGGGUGAGGGCACUUCCAGAGGUGGGCCUUUCCAAGAGAGAAAGCCCUUCUCGAAGGCAGUGUUCUUCCAGUUUGGGCAGAGACUUCCUUUUGACCUCAACAGUGGCCCCCUCCAAGCUUCUUGGUUCUUUGUAAUACGAACUUAAUUUGAACUAAACUGACUGAUGUCCAACUGUGUAUUUGAGCUUUUGCAUUAAACAUCUUUCUUGUACAAGAAAGGUGUGCUGUGCUUAUGUUUGUGCUUUUUCUGCUCUGUGCUUUGAACUUUGCAAUAAUAAAAGCCACUGCCUGUUCA